AUGGCAGACAACGCUCCCCCGUCCGCAGAGACCCUGCUCAAGGGCGCCGCUGCCCAGCCUCCCAAGACCGCAGAGGAAAUCGCAAAGGAAUACGACCUGCUGCCCAAGUUGAUCCCCUACCUCGACCGUCACCUCGUUUUCCCGCUGUUGGAAUUCAUCUCCGGUCAGGAGGAUGAGAACCGCGAGAUCACCCGCGCCAAGUAUGAGCUUCUCAAGCACACCAACAUGACCGACUACGUCGCGAACCUCUGGCAGGAAAUCAACGACUCUGACAAGGUCCCCGAGGAAUUUGUGAAGAAGAGGGAGGAAGUGCUGGCGAAGUUGCAGCAGUACCAGGAGGAUAGCAGCAAGAUCACGGAGCUGCUGCAGGAUGAUGCUGUUGUCGGUAACCUACGCAGCGACAAGGUUGCCAACUUGAAGUACCUGGAGGAGCAGCACGGUGUCACCGUUGACAUGGUCAACGUCCUGUACGACUACGGCCGGUUCCAAUACAGCUGUGGUAGUUAUGGCAAUGCCGCAGAGCUGCUCUACCAGUUCCGUGUCCUGUCCACGGAUAACGACAAGGUCACUUCCGCCACGUGGGGUAAGCUGGCCUCUGAGAUCCUCACCACUAGCUGGGAGGGUGCCAUGGAGGAGGUACAGAAGGUGAAGGAGUCGAUUGAGACUCGGCUUUUCAACAACCCUCUGGGUCAGCUCCAGCACCGAUCGUGGCUGAUCCACUGGUCCCUCUUCCCGUUCUUCAACCAUGAACCCGCCCGCGAUGUCCUUACCGACCUCUUCUUCUCCCCCGCCUACAUCAACACCAUCCAGACCAACUGCCCCUGGAUCCUUCGAUAUCUGGCUGCCGCUGUCAUUACCAACCGCAACCGGGGACACAAGAACACCAACGCUUACCAGAAGCAGCUGAAGGAUUUGAUCCGAGUAGUGCGACAAGAGGACUACGAGUAUUCUGAUCCGAUCACGGACUUCGUCAAGGCCCUCUACGUCGACUUUGACUUCGAGGAGGCCCAGAAGAAACUUGGUGAAGCCGAGGAGGUGCUGCGGAGCGACUUCUUCCUCGUGGCCGCCGCUGAUGCCUUCGUGGAGGCCGCCAGACAUCUCAUCUCUGAGAGCUACUGCAAGAUCCACCAGCGGAUCGAUAUCAAGGACCUUUCCACCCGUCUGGGUCUGAACCAGGAUGAGGGUGAGAAGUGGAUUGUCAACCUGAUCCGCGACACCCGUGUCGAUGCCAAGAUUGACUACAAGGAGGGCACUGUCCUCAUGAACCACCCUCCUCAGUCGGUGUACCAGCAGGUCAUCGAGAAGACCAAGGGUGCGUUCUUCAGAACGCAAGUCUUGAGUGCGGCUGUUGCCAAAUAA